AGGCACAAUGUCCUGUCUGUUCAGGGCAGCCCACAAUUAAACUCAUUACCACAACAUUUCUGGAGGUGCAAAGAGUGAAGUUCCAGAAAAGACAUACCACAAGAGAUAACAUGUCAGGGGAGAAGUGUUCAGUUCAGGCAGUCGUGAGGUGUCGUCCCUUCACAGAAAGCGAGAAGGGCAAAAAUGCUUCCAGGGCAGUGAAAGUGACUGGAGACAAGGUUGUGGUACAGGGAGGAAAGGAGCAGGCCUUCUCUACAGAUGGAAGUUACUUCUGGGAUGUUGCCAAUGGCCAGGUGUACAAGGAGAAAUGUGAGGCCCUGGUCAGAAAGGUUGUGGAUGGCUAUAACCUGACCAUCAUGGCUUAUGGACAGACUGGAUCUGGGAAGUCCUACAUCAUGCAUGGCACUGAAGAGGACCCAGGAAUUGGACCACAGAUGUUCCAGACUCUCUUCAGGCAGAUUGAAGCUGCACCAGAUAACAGGGACUUCUUUGUGUCCAUGACCUAUGUACAGAUUUCUGAGGACAGCUUCAUUGACCUUCUGAAUCCUCAUGGCAAUGAGAUGAAAGUGAGGCAACAUCCUCAACUGGGCAUUAUUGUAGAGGGUGCGUCUGAGAUUGUAGCACAUAACGAUGAGGAUCUGAACCGCCUGUAUGACCAGGGGAACCGAGUCAGCGCCAUCAUCCAACCAGACCAGAAGGCAGGAGUUCACCGUGUUGCAAUGAUCCGUGUAGAACAGAAGGACCUGAGUACGCUGGACGGACAGGGCGUCAGGUCACAGGUCAACCUGGUGGACCUGGCAGGGGCUGAGACUAGUGCCUGUAAAGGGGUGAAUGCCUUGCUGACAGCGCUUGGUGAGUCUAAGAAGAAGGAUGUCAACGUUCUGUACCGGGACUCUCACAUCACACGUCUGCUGCAGGAUGCACUGGGGGGAAACAGCUACACCGUCAUGGUUGCCACCAUCUCAGCUGCAGAUGUCUGUUCCAGUCAGACACAGUCCACUCUGCAGUUUGUGCAGACUGCCAGGAAAAUCAACAACCAAGUCAAGCAAAACCCUGACGAGACCAGCACGGUGAUCAGUGAGCUGCGGAAGGAGAUCACCCGUCUUCGCACCAAGAUCAGCGGCAGCACCCCAGCCGAGCGCGAUGAUGUCAUCAAGAUGGAGGAGCUGGUGAAGGAUCUACAGUUGGCCAAGAAGCAGAGCUGGGAGGAGCGGGAGAGGCUGUCAGACUCUCACGAGGAGCAGAGGAAACACAACCUGGCCAACAAGGGUAUCCUUGAAUGGGUGAUGGAUGCGGUCAGGAGGGGGAACAAGGACACCAGGGAACGGAUCCUGCAGAUCCAGAAGGAUAAAGACAAGCUCCAGCUGGAGUACAAAGAGAAACGUCAGCAGUUGGAAAGGAUGAAGGAUGACCUGCAGGCCAAGAUCGCUGAUUACACCAAGAUGACAGAGAUGGGUAAAGCCAAGGAGGAUGAAACCAAGGCUCGUGUUGGAGCCAUCCAUGACCUGAAGGAACACCUGAAGAGAGAGACGGAUGCCAUCAAGGACAUCAAGAAACGGCUUAAGGACCUUCAGGAGAAACAGCGGGCAGAGAAGGAGGAGGCCCGAGCCACCAGUUCUGCUCUGAAAGGGAACUCUGAGCUGAGGUACAAGAUUGAGGCUGAGGAACGUCAGAAGUUCGAGGCUGAGAAUCGAGCUAUGAUUAAAGAGGAAGUGGACCGUAUGAACAUGGAACUGGAGCAGGAGAAGGCAGAGAUUCGGCUGAAGGAGGCCCAAGGAGUGCAGUAUUCAACCAAGGAGGCUGUGCAGCUGGAGAUGCAGCUUGCUGAGAUGAACGCAGAGAAGCCUGUCAUCACUUUGCGGCUGCAGUCGCUAGAGCAGGAGAAGGCCAUGAUGGAAAAGACGAUGGAGAACGCCCAGAAGGCUCACAAGGAGGAGAUGGAAAUUCAGCAGCUGCAGCAUUUUCAGACAUUCCGUAAGUUCCGUGAGGUGUUUGAGGAGCAGAAGGCAGCGCUGGAGGGGCGGUACAGGAAACUGCUGGAGGACGCCAUCCAGGACGCCGUCUUCCUGUCCGACAGGAACUCAGAACUGGAGCAGGAGAACCAGGCUCUCAAACAAGGGCUUGCGGAGAUGAAGGACCAGAUGACCCUACUGAAGGGGGCGGGGGCAGGCCGGUCCAGUCGUCCUCCUACAGCCUCCUCCACAAGAUCUGCAGCUUCUUAAGGGAUCAACCAUUGUCUGUGGAGGGGGGAUGAAAUUCUGCAGAAGUAGGAGGAUGAAUAUGGGAGUAUAUAGCUGUGAGAUGAAAUAAAGUGUAAAGUGUACAAUCUAUGAUUUUGAGGUGUAUCCAUUGUAAUACUUAUUCUGAAAUCCAGCUUUUCCCAUGUGAAUAAGCCUCAAGAUACACAGAUAUGUAUACUAUAAUUCUAGUAUAUCAGAAUACAUGUAUGUGAUACAAGAGACUGUCUCUAGCCUUUUGCAUUUAACUGAUAGUGAUAACUCCUCUACUCAACUGGACAAAAAUGUGAUUAAUUUUGUGUCAACUGAAAUGUUUAGAUUUUAAACCAAAUGAUAAAGAAUAAAAUCUAUGAAAUAUACUGAGGCAAUAAUCAUACUUCCUAUUCAUAUAAGGAGCACAAUAAAAGUACUCUUGAAAAUAAACAGAGAGGAUGGUAUAUUUUAUAGUCAUGAUGGUGGACCAUGUGCACAUAUAGUGUAAUUUUUUGCACUUUCAUAUAUAUGUAUAUACUGUUAUUUCUGUAUCAUGUCACAUGUAGCGUUGUAUACUUGUAUUAUGUGAUUUUUGGACCAGUUGUUUGUGUGACUUGUAAUAGAAAUAUAAGAGAUGUCUGUAGAUAAAAUUGGAUACAUACUUCCGUGGUCACCUGAUUCGUCAUAAACUAGUUGCGACUUUUUGCAAUUAUAUGUAUGGAAUAAUAUUGCCAUGUAUUGGUCUCUUUACUCUGAUCAGCUGUCAUUGUAUUUAUCCAUGAUAGACUUUGUAUAACUUCAGACCCUUUAUGUGUCUGGAAUUGAAGUAUUUGAUCUUCUCUAGCACACUGUAAAUAUUCAGCAAUGUGAACUACAAAAAGCAAUAGCUGUAAAGGAAUUUUAUAACAUCACUGGAGAUUUUGAAUAAAGUAUUUUGCACUUUUAA